AUGGCUAUUGCAAAGAACUUACCAUUGUUGAAGAACCACUUCAGAAAGCACUGGCAAGAAAGAGUGAAGGUUCACUUCGACCAGGCCGGAAAGAAGGCUUCCAGAAGACAAUCGAGAUUGGCCAAGGCUGCUAAGAUCGCCCCAAGACCUCUCGACAGCUUGAGACCUGUGGUUAGAGCACCAACGAUCAAAUACAACAGAAAGGUCAGAGCCGGUAGAGGAUUCACCUUGACCGAGUUGAAGGCUGUUGGUUUGACCCCAAAGUACGCUAGAACCGUUGGCAUUUCUGUUGACCACAGAAGACAAAACAGAAGUCAAGAGACUUUCGAGACCAACGUUGCCAGAUUGAAAGAGUACUUGAGCAAGUUGGUUGUCUUUGACAAGAAGACCAAGGCUUCUGAGGCUACUCAGCAUGAGCAAAUUUCUGUUGCUGCCACCUUCCCUAUCGAACAGGCUGCUCCCGAAUCUGCUCCAAGAGCCGUUGAGAAGACCGAAGAGUCUGCUUACAGAACCUUAAGAUUGGCCAGAUCUGACAAGAAGUACAAGGGUAUCAGAGAGAAGCGUGCCAAGGAGAAGGCCGAGGCUGAAGCUGACAAGAAGAAGAAAUAA